AUGAACCACAGAUCAGACCUCGAAACAGAUGGAGAACCAGACUUCGAUAACGUCAAUAGGUCAGAAUCCGAGUGCCUUGUUGGAUGGGACGAUGACAAUGACCCUCUCAAGCCGUCAAACUGGAGCAAUGCGAGGAAAGUUAAGAACAUCGCUCCAUUAGUAUACUGUUCGUUCUUGACCCCACUCGGCUCUACUAUGUUUGCACCCGCGAUUGAGCAAGUGACAAAAUCUUUCGAUUCCACCAAUUCACUUCUUUCUUCCUUCUCUGUCUCCGUCUGGAUCCUCGGGUACUUCGUAGGUCCACUGUUUCUUGCUCCUCUCUCCGAGAUGCAUGGUCGCUUUCCCGUUUAUAUGGUUUGUAAUGCUUUGUUCGUUGUUUUCAAUGUGGCUACUGCCGUUGCACCUUCAUUACCUGCAUUGAUAGUGUUUCGGUUCCUGGCUGGGAUGUUCGGUGGCUGCCCACUCGUGGUGGGCGCAGGAACUCUAGGUGACCUCAUUAAACCUCUCAAUAGAGGCAAAGUGAUAGCCUUGUGGAGUAUCAGCGUGAUCCUGGGUCCUAUCAUUGGGCCUAUCGCUGGUGGAUAUAUGGGCGAAACAGUUGGCUGGCGAUGGAUAUGUUGGACAUUGUCCAUCGCAGCAGGUUUUGGUGCAGUGGUCGCCUUCAUCUUUCAAGAAGAAACAUAUCCCCUCAUCCUACUUCAACGAAAAGCGGCUCGUUUACGAAAGGAAACUGGGGAUUCUAGCCUCAGGGCUGCCGCAAAACCCGAGCGAAAUGCAGCCCAGAUUUUUGCUCGCUCCAUUAUUCGUCCACUCCGGCUUCUUUUCCUCUCACCAAUUGUCUCGCUACUCUCGCUCUAUCAGGGCGUCAUGUACGGGUACCUGUAUCUUCUCUUCACCACAUUUCCCACCGUCUUCCGGAACAGGUAUGGCUUUUCCGCAGGUUCAAUAGGUCUUGUAUACAUUGGAUUAGGCGUAGGAUCAGGGAUAAGCGUACCUAUCGUUGGUUUCGUCAUGGAUCACACUGCAAAGUCGGUCAUUCGCAAGGGCCGGGAACUUAACCCUGAACAUCGUUUGAUUCCCCUCCUUCCUGUCUGUUUCUGUAUGCCGAUUGGUCUGUUCUGGUAUGGAUGGGCUGCCGAGGCGAAGACACACUGGGUCGUUCCGAUAUUGGGCACAGUUUUCGUUGGGAUGGGGAUAAACACUCUCAUUAUGUGCGCAAUGACUUACCUUAUCGAUGCACACCCACUCUACGAAGCUUCAGCUGCUGCGGCGGGAGCCGCAACGCGUUCACUCAUCGGAGCUGUGCUACCACUCGCCGGGACAUCAAUGUACGAAGCUCUGGGCCUGGGUUGGGGUAAUUCGUUGCUGGGAUUCCUUGCUUUGAUCAUGUGUCCUCUACCAUGGUUCUUUUACAAGUAUGGUGGGAGAAUCAGGACAAAUCCACAGUUUCAAUUGAAGCUGUAG